AACAUAAAGUCAUUUAGAAAGGACAUAAACUCACACACAAAUACAAGAAGAAGAGCCAAGAUCUAAACAUGGAAGCCAACACUUUUGCAAGUUUUUCUUUAGGUCAUGUUCUCAAAUUUGCAAUUUUGAUUUUGCUAGCAAUAUCUAGCAUCACUUCAGCAUGUGAGGACAAUUCUACAAUCCCUACCAAUUCCCCCAAAACAAACCUUUCAUACACUUCCAAUGCUCCCUCAAAUUCCACCAACACCAAUGAUUUCAAAACCUAUAUAAAAAAUUCAUGCAAUUCAACCACAUAUCCAUAUAUAUGUUACAAAUCUUUAUCUCCCUAUGCUUCAACAAUUGAGGCAGAUCCUCUAAAAUUAUGCAACACUUCUCUCUCGGUUGCAUUAAAUGCGGCUCGCGAUGCAUCCUCCGCCAUAUCAAAGCUUCUAAACAACGAUGAGAAUAAAUUGUCAAGCAUUGGUGAAGAAGUUGUGCAAGAUUGCCUUGGCAAUGUGAAGGAUUCAAUAGAACAGUUGCAAGAUUCUCUUGAUGCCAUGGCACAUUUGGAUGCUUAUUUUGAUAGAGAAUUUCAGAUUAGUAACAUGAAGACUUGGGUUAGUUCAGCCAUUACUAAUGAUCAAACUUGCUAUGAUGGGUUUGAUGAUAUGAAUGUGGAUUCUACACUUGGGGACAAGAUUAGAAGAAGAGUUUUGAAUGUGGCAAGGAAGACUAGCAAUGCUUUGUAUUUUAUCAACAAUAACAUAUAUUAAUUAAGGUAUAAGUUAAUAAAUUGAGGCUUUUUUAAACGGUUUUCUUUUGAGUUUGGUAUGUUAUUUGUGUUCAUAGAGUGAAAAUUGAAGUUAAAAUGGUUUGUAAUCAAGUUAAUUAGUCUUAAAUAUGUGCUUUUGAUCGAUUCAUGGUCGUUUUUGGUUUGAAUUCCAAACAUGUGCCAAGCGGGUUUAAAGGAAUUGAGUGGAUGUAUUAUAGAGAUAUUUAAUCAUAAUCUAAUUUAUUUGAUA